CUUUAUCCUCCCGUCCCAAGUGCGAGAUCGGAUGGGGCUCCUGGCGGCACUGGUCGCUCUGCUCUGCAUCUAUGCUCCUCCAGCGAGCGGAGCUGAGGGAUGCAGCGGUUUUAGACACCUGGAGAACGGGCAGACGUUUUUCCGUUACGGUGGACUGCUGGUGAUCUUCCGCUGUCGCCCUGGCUACAAGCUCCAUGGAUACAAGACCAACAGCUGCGUGUCCGGACACUGGUCCCGGAACACCCCAGUCUGUGUUGGCUCCGGCUGCUCGAACCCGGGGCCGCUCAGUCACGGGACAAGCAGCAUGAAUGGGGACAGCUCCUGGGCAGAGUUCAGCUGCAAUAGUGGCUUUCAACUGCAUGGGCCGUCAAUGUUAUACUGUAAGGGCCCCACCUGGAAUAGCACGAAGCCUAUAUGCAAAGAGUCCGACAUGAUGCGCUCAGUUUCAGGCGUCAAUGUGCACACGCCAAACUUACAUCAGAGCCUCCAGGCUGCCGUAGUUCUGAAGACCCAGAAACAAUCCCACUACGCCCUCGCUAAUACCGCUUCCAAAGAAGCAAACCUCAAAUCUGUCUUGUUGUCUCACACGCCAUCCCAAAUGUCCGACAGGGAGAGGAUCAAAGUGACCAACCCAAAAGUCCACCUGCAGCAGAAUGUUCAGUUUCCCAAUUUUAAAGUCAAAGAUGGAGUCCAGACAACUCAUCAUGAGGCUCAACUUCAGGAGGUUAAUGAAGAUCAACAAGGACAGGAAACAGGAAGUGGAAUGCAUGGCUCGCUGGCAGAGGCUUCACAGGAGGAAGCAGAAAAGGUUGUCGGAGUCGACUCUAAAUCACAUCUGUCUGCUACUGUCUCGCCUACCUUAUCAUUGUCAAGAACAGAGCAAUCAACAUCUUCACCACCGUCAUUUUCAACAGACCAAACACCAGAUAUCGCCGCUGUCACCAACACUGUAACGUUUGCACCAACUUCCCCACUCCGCCUCACGAGAUCUGAUGUGACUCCCUCUGAAGCAGCAACAGGCUCUUCACAAACUGCAGAUGAAGACCAACGGGCUGAAACCGGUUUCCUGUAUCCUCCCCGGCCUGGGCCUGUAGAGAAAGCAUACACUUUAUCUACUUCUGUUUAUUUCACUUCUACCAGUUCUUCCUCCACUUCGUCACCUGCUCCCUCCCUAUCAGCCCGCAUUCCCUUCCUGUCGGCCUAUACUUUCUCAAGUCCCAGCUUCACUCAGGCCAGUGAGAAAACACAUCUGCCUAACGUUCCUUCAAACAUCUCCACCACCACUGAGCCAAGAUCUCACCAGACCGAAUACCACAGCGCCACCUCCAACCCGCCUUUGCCGUCUCUGAGACUCGGUAGACGACCCGUGUGCACGUACCCGCCUGUGCCCGCUCACGGGACCUUCUACUUCCGUAAUGUGGAGAAUCCAGGACCCAGAGAUUACAGGCACUACAUACAGUAUGGCUGCUACCCAGGUUACACACUGGGUCAUGGAGACAUACACAGCUACUGCCAGCAGGGGGACACCUGGAGCGGAAUCACACCGGUGUGUUUGGAGUUGACACCUUGUUCAGUUAACCACGGAGGCUGUAACCAGCUGUGCUCUCACUCCGAACAUUACAACCAGAGUACCAACCAGACCCAGACCAGAACUCAGUGCCACUGCAGAGCUGGAUUCACUCUGCUGGAUGAUGGCCGAACAUGUCGAGAUUUAGACGAGUGUGUGGAGGGGCAGCACCCGUGUCAGCAGAGGUGCUUCAACACAUUUGGUUCCUUUAAGUGCAGCUGUGAUGCCGGUUAUCAGCCAGCUCAUGACCAGACCUCCUGCACAGAUGUGGACGAGUGCCUGCUGCCUGCAGCUGUAACAGGCUGUGUGUUUGGCUGUGUCAACACUCCCGGGAGGUUCCACUGCAAGUGUCCUGCUGGCUACAGCCUUCAGACCGGAGACAGCCACUGCCAAGAUAUCGAUGAGUGUGCUGUAAAUCAGGGGCUCGGGACAUGUGCGGAGCUGUGCCAUAACUCACCAGGAUCCUACCGAUGCUCCUGCUCGUACGGUUACGUCUUAGCCGGAAACGGGCACAGCUGCAUCGCAGAGUGUCCACCUGGGUACAGGAAGCAACCCACAGCAGCAACACCUGAGAAUGCAACUGCACAAGCUCUUCGGGAGGAGUGUGUAGAUAUAAAUGAGUGCCAGGAGGAAACGUGUGAGUGGCAGUGCGUCAACCUCCCAGGCUCUCACCGCUGCAUCUGCCCCAAAGGAUACACACUGCACAGAGAUGGCCGACGCUGCAAAGACAUCAAUGAGUGCACCCGGAGGAAUGGAGGGUGUUCCCACCUGUGUGUGAACCAAAAAGGUGGCUAUAAAUGUGCCUGCCCAGCCUCCCAUCGGCUCUCCCCUUACAGCUGGAAGAAAUGUUUACCAAGGACAACAGCGGGCUCUGCUGGCUGAGGUGUGUGACGUGUGCAAAGACACAAGAAAUGCAAGUAUCACAAGUGUGCAUCAUCAUCGGACUGUGGUCUCUACAACCCAAAGAACCAUUGGACCUAUGAAACUGGCUAACGACACAUAAGAACUUGAAUGGUUAUAGAAUAAACAUAUGAGCUAUCUGUCAAACUUGUUCGAUGGAUUUCAAUAUUUCAUUCUUAUAACAGUAUUUUCCUGAUUGAUUCAGGAAUAAAUUCCUUAAUAAUUGACCCAUUUGAAUUGUUGUAUUUCAAAUUGUUAUGUUGCGUAUAUAUAUUCUGAUUGAAUAAACAAAUAAGUGUAUUAAUCAC